CCAAACAACUCUUUACGGCUCCGCUGCUUCACAGAGAGAGAGAGAGUUUUCUGGUUUGGCGCCUCUCCCAUGACGCAAAUAGGGCAGAAAAGAGACCAUCAAGAUUCCCCUUCUCUUUUCUCAUGCUCGCGUUCGAUUCUGCACAACCAAUAAACCCUUUUCUUCACCGUUUACCCCUUUCUAUAGUGUAUAAUAUAUAUCCGCUGCUUCGCCUUCUCUCUUUGACUUCUGUGCUCUCUUUCUCCCCCUCUCUCACAUGGCUUCCGAGCAACAAUUAUCUGCAAUCAAGGGGGCGAAGGUGCUUAUGGUGGGCGCUGGUGGAAUCGGCUGUGAGCUCCUGAAGACUUUGGCUCUUUCUGGCUUUGAGGACAUCCAUAUUCUGGCUGUCCAGGCACCUGGGCAACAACCUUGGUGAUAGAAGCUGUGGAGUUGCUUAAGAAGCUGUGCCUAGACAGCCAUGAUUGUGUAGCUGCCCAUGAUUUUGAAUGCCUGCCUGAACAACUAGCUGGCAUCUGGGCACUUCCCUGGGCAACUAGAUUGACAUGGACACAAUAGAAGUGAGCAACCUAAACAGGCAAUUCUUGUUCCGACAAUCACAUGUUGGGCAGUCUAAGGCCAAAGUUGCUCGGGAUGCUGUAUUAAAAUUUAGGCCUCACAUAAAUAUUACACCUUACCACUCAAAUGUCAAAGAUCCAGGCUUCAAUGUUGACUUCUUUAAACAAUUCAAUGUUGUUCUGAAUGGACUUGACAACUUAGAUGCUAGGCGACAUGUAAACCGUCUUUGCUUGGCAGCAGAUGUUCCGUUGAUUGAGAGUGGGACUACUGGAUUUUUAGGGCAGGUAACUGUACACAUCAAGGGUAAAACGGAAUGUUAUGAAUGCCAGCCAAAACCAGCUCCAAAAACUUAUCCUGUCUGCACAAUUACAAGCACUCCAUCAAAGUUUGUUCACUGUAUUGUAUGGGCAAAGGAUCUACUUUUUGCAAAGCUCUUUGGGGACAAAAAUCUGGAGAACGAUCUCAAUGUGCGUUCUAAUGAUGCUGCUAGCUCAUCAGAGCAUGUAGAAGAUGUUUUUGAACGUAAGAAGGAUGAGGGGAUUGAGGAGUAUGGGAGGACAAUUUAUGAUCAUGUUUUUGGUUAUAACAUUCAAGAAGCAUUAAAAAAUGAAGAGACAUGGAAAAACCGUAACAGGCCAAAGCCAAUAUUCAGCAGAGAUGUCCUGUGUGGGGAACCGAUGCAACAGAAUGGGAAUAUGGGUACAAAUUUUGUGGCUGAUGGUUCCUCAUCUGUGUCUGCAAUGGCUUCUCUGGGGUUGAAGAAUCCACAGGAUAUAUGGUCUCUAAGGGAAAAUUCAAAAGUAUUCUUUGAGGCGCUGAAAUUAUUUUUUGUGAAAAGAGAGAAGGAGAUAGGGAACUUAACUUUUGAUAAGGAUGAUCAGUUAGCAGUAGAAUUUGUUACUGCUGCUGCAAACAUUCGGGCAGCUUCUUUUGGGAUUCCUUUGCGUAGUCUUUUUGAAGCUAAAGGUAUUGCUGGUAAUAUUGUUCAUGCUAUUGCAACAACUAAUGCUAUUGUUGCUGGGUUGAUUGUGAUUGAAGCGGUUAAGGUGCUGCAGAAUGAUGUGAACAAUUAUAGGAUGACAUACUGCCUUGAACAUAUAACACAAAAGAUGCUUCUUAUGCCAGUGGAGCCAUUUGAGCCAAACAAGUCCUGUUAUGUUUGUUCUGAGAGACCUUUGUUGCUUGAGGUUAAUACUCAUCGGUCAAAAUUGAGGGAUUUUGUUGAAAAGAUUGCUAAAGCUACGCUAGGCAUGAGUUUUCCAUUGAUUAUGCAUGGGCCUGCCCUUCUUUAUGAGGUUGGUGAUGAUCUUGAGGAAGAUAUGGUAGCCAACUAUGCAGCAAACCUAGAGAAGGUUCUUUCUGAGUUGCCUUCUCCAAUUACUGGUGGGACAAUUAUCACUGUUGAGGAUCUUCAGCAAGAACUGUCAUGCAAUAUCAAUAUAAAGCAUAGAGAGGAAUUUGAUGAGGAGAAGGAACCGGAUGGGAUGGUUCUGUCUGGAUGGGCGCAACCUACUGCAAAAGAAAAGGACAAUAACACUUCUGCCGGCAAUGGUGCGAGCACAUCAAAUGCUUCUCGAGCAGUUCCUCUGGAGGCUGAGGAUGAUGAUGAUCUAGAAAUAAUUUCCUCAGAAAAAUGGAAUCUCAAUAUAGGAAAGAAAAGAAAGCUAUCUGAGAUGUCUGAUGCUGCCACUUCAGAGCCUUCUCGUGUUGUCAACGAGACAAGUAAGAAGAAGAAAGUGGAAGAACUUGACGACGAAGAUGAGGAUGACCUUGUCAUGAUUCCUGAUGGCAAUUCAGAUGGCAGCGAGAAGAAGAGGUUGCAGCAGCAGCAGUAGUGCUAUUGACUGGGUUGGGCUUAUGGCAUUCUAAUUUUGUACCAUUAUAGGGAAAUGGUGAUUAAUUCUUUUGAUGCAGCCAGCUUUAGUAGGUCGUCAUUGUUAGGCCUUGCCUUAAUGCUCCAUACUUUUUUGGCUUUAGUAGUAGAUGUAUGUAAUCUUAUUCCCCAUUUUACUUUUGACUUUUGGAAGCUUAGGAACAAAUUUGUAUCUGUGUCUCGACUUACUAGAAUUCUGGUCUGGUGGGGAUGAAAGUUUUAAUUAUCAGGAUUCCAUUCUCGUUC